UACUCCCCUUCUCUUUCACUUUAUUUCUCUUGUUUCAUUUUCACUAAAUCCGCAGUGCUCCCACCUCUGGAAUGCUGCGGAGGCUCUUUUCCAAAUCCCGCGGAGGAGAAAAGUGAUGCAUUGUUCGACGAUUUAUUGUCAUCACGACUCAAGGGCAAGAAAAUUGUUUUGAGGAUAAAUUACUGUCUCUUUGAUAGAAAUGUUUCGACACCAGAAAUAAAGCAGUCGAUACCAAUACCAGGGAAAAACAACGGUUCUCAAUACCAAUUUGAAACCACGCCUUCACAUCCGGGUCAGUUGGGUUGGUUGGAGCUGGGUGCUGCCUUCAGAUCGCUUUUUGAACACCGAAGCUGCCAAUACCGACGUUUGAGCCAUCCCAUGAAGGCAGCACAAGUGUAGCAGCUCCCAGUUCAACGCAAAGACAGAAGACUGAUGAUGAUCCAGCUGCUGUGCGCGUAAAAGUGUGCGCGCCGACAAUGGAUACAACUGUGGUUUCCUGGUGAAACUUGGAACGUUACAUUGUUACAUUGUUGCGGAGAGUUCCACCAGAGGGGGACUUCAAAGAGCUGCUAUAAAACUAACUUCUUCCUCCACCCGCACUCAUGUGAUUAUCGAGCCAUGUCCAAGAGCCUGAAGAAGAGGAAGAACCACUGGACUAACAAAGUCCACGAGAGUGUCCUCAGCAGGAAUGAGGAGGAGGGGGAGCUGGAGCUGGAGCUGAAGGGCGGCGCAGAGAACGGACAGUUCCCGGUAAUAGGAGAGCUUCUCCCGGGCAGCGCGGUGUGCCACAGCGGUAAACUCUUCCAGGAUGAACUCCUGCUGGAAGUCAAUGAGACCCCGGUGGCUGGACUCACCACCAGGGACGUCCAUGCUGUGGUCAAACACAGCAAACACCCCGUCCGGCUCAAGUGUGUCAAACAAGGGGGCGUGAUAGACAAGGACCUGCGCCACUACCUCAACCUGCGCUUCCAGAAAGGCUCGGUGGACCACGAGCUGCAGCAGAUCAUCCGGGACAACCUCUACCUCCGCACCGUCCCCUGCACAACCAGGCAGCCCAAGGAAGGAGAGGUCCCAGGGGUGGAUUAUAAUUUCGUGACCAUUGACCGGUUUAUGGAAUUGGAGAAAAGUGGAGCCCUGCUAGAGAGCGGAACAUAUGAAGAUAACUUUUACGGCACCCCGAAGCCUCCGGCCGAGCCCAGCGCUCUGCUGCUAAAUGUAACGGACCAGCUGCUGCCGGGCGCCAGACCCACCUCCGAGGGCAAGAGGAAGCGUAACAAGUCGGUCAGCAACAUGGAAAAAGCCAGCAUCGAGCCCCCCGAGGAGGAGGAGGAGGAGAGACCCGUCGUCAAUGGCAACGGCGUUGCUGUCACCCCAGAGUCGAGCGAACAUGAGGACAAGAGUACAGACGCUUCGGGGGACAUCGCCCCGCCGAGCAUCCCAGCAGAGGCCCCGCCCGAGGCGCCCAAAGAUGACGGACAGUCCCCGAAAAUGACACUACCCAAACCAGACGAGAACGACGAGCUAGGACCGCUGCCGGACAACUGGGAAAUGGCAUACACCGAAAAAGGAGAGGUGUACUUCAUAGACCACAACACCAAGACAACAUCGUGGCUGGACCCGAGGCUAGCCAAGAAGGCAAAGCCGCCCGAGGAAUGCAAAGAGGAUGAGCUUCCGUACGGCUGGGAGAAAAUCGAUGACCCCAUUUACGGCAGCUACUAUGUUGACCAUAUAAAUAGAAGGACCCAGUUUGAGAACCCAGUCCUGGAGGCUAAAAGGAGACUCCAGCAGCAGCAGCAGAUGCAAAGCCAGGGUCUCUCCUCACUGCCCCUUCCCACCAUCUACAGAGUGGAGGAUGUCAUCCCCUGCGCCACCCUCCCCAGGCCCCCCCGAGUUCAGGUCGACCCGGUGCCCGAGCGCUGCCACAGCCUCGGCGACCUCUCCCGCUCGCCAACUCUGGGUCGCAGGGUCGCUGCGUACGCUACGUCCUCCUCCGCCGACGUCUCCCCGCUACGGCGUGUCCUGACUCGGCGGAUGAAUACGUGCCCACACCACCAGCAUCACCACCAGCAGCAGCAGCAGCAGCAGCGGCAGCCACUUCACACCUCCGCCUGCACCGUGGUGCUAGAGCAGCCUGUCUGUAGCCCCUUCUCCCUGUGGCACUUUGUCAAGAAGCCGCUGUUCACGCGGGACCCCACUCAGCUGAAAGGCAGUUUCUUGUCCACGGCACUCCAGAAGAGCAACAUGGGCUUUGGCUUCACUAUUAUAGGAGGGGACGAGCCCGACGAGUUCCUCCAGGUCAAGAGCGUCAUCCCCGAUGGGCCCGCCGCAGCUGAUGCGAAGAUGGUCACAGGUGACGUCAUUGUCUACAUCAACGACGUGUGCGUCCUGGGCACCACCCACGCCGACGUGGUCAAACUCUUCCAGUCGGUGCCGAUUGGCCAAAGCGUCACCCUCGUCCUGUGCCGCGGCUACCCUCUACCCUACGACCCGGAGGAGGCCGGCAACACCAACAACAACACCACCACCACCACCAUCAUCUCCCCGCUGGGCAUCAUGGAGCAGCGGCCCAUCAUGGUGAACGGCAGGACGGGCUACGACAACUACCUGGACUAUCUCUCCCGCACGGCGCGAUUCGUCACGGACCCCGGCCAGGACCAGGUCAACGCCCAGCAGCAGCUGCUCACCCCUCACCCUGGCGACACCCACUUAGACGGCUCGCUCCCUCCCACCACCGGAACUACGCCUCCCGACAGCGUCUCCAUGGCGUCGUCAGGGGCGACCCAGGGGGAACUACUCACCCUGACUAUGGUGAAGGGCGUGGAGGGUUUUGGCUUCACCAUCGCGGACAGCGCUACGGGCCAGCGGGUCAAACAAGUGCUGGAGCCUCAGGGCUGCCCGGGUCUGUUCGAGGGCGACCUGAUUGUGGAGAUUAACAAGCAACACGUGCAGGGAUUCGUGCACACGCAGGUGGUGGAGCUGCUCAAGGAGUGCGCCGUCGGAGCCGAGACCAUCCUGGUGGUUCAGAGAGGCGGAACAGGUCACUAUUCACCCUGGAAGACCCCUAAGCAGGUGCUGGAGCAGUGGGAGUCCCAGCAGGUCCAGGGCAGCCCUGCUCAGACCAGCCUGUCAGCCCCCGUUAUCCCCCACAACGCCCCCUUCCCAACACACCAUCUCCACAGGGCCUCGGUCCCAGACUCAGCCUCCGAGGCCUUGGCCCUGGCUAAACCAGACCCCUAUGACCUUUAUGAGAAGUCCAGGGCUAUCUAUGAGAGUAGGCAACCUGGCCAACCAAGGACAGUUUUUCCUGUGGACUCCUCAGGGACGGAGUACCAGGACAUGGAGGUGCACCUGCGCAGACAGAAGUCCGGCUUUGGUUUCCGGGUGCUGGGCGGGGACGAGGCCGGGCAGCCUGUGAGUCCGGAGACGCGUGAGAAGAUCUUGAUCGGGGCGAUCAUCGAGAAGAGUCCAGCAGAUGUAGAUGGACGCUUGAGGCCCGGUGAUGAGCUGCUGUUUGUGGAUGGGAUCCCCGUGGUGGGGAAGCCGCACAGAUACGUCAUUGACUUGAUGCACGGGGCGGCACGCAAUGGCCAGGUGAAUCUGGUCAUCAGGAGGAGGGUGCAGCCAGCAGGUGAGUCCUGUCCAGAGAACGGCCGUAGCCCGGGCUCUGUCUCCACGCAACACAGCUCCCCCCGCAGUGACUUCACAUACGGCAACAGCACCAGCACCACCCAGGCACCCAUCGCCGCCAUGGGCAACGCCACGUCGAUCCCCAACACGCAACCCAGUGACGUCAUCAUCAACCGAAAGGAGAGCGAAGGCUUCGGCUUCGUCAUCAUCAGCUCGCUCAACAGGCCCGAGGCGGCCGCCACCAACACUGUGCCCCAUAAAAUUGGCCGCAUCAUCGAGGGCAGCCCGGCCGACCGCUGCGGGAAGCUGAAGGUGGGGGACCGGAUCCUGGCGGUGAACAGCCAGUCCAUCGUCAACAUGCCGCACGCCGACAUCGUUAAGCUGAUCAAGGACGCGGGCCUCAGCGUCACCCUGAGGAUCAUACCGCAGGAAGAGAUCAGUAAUCCCCCAUCAGCCCCCAGCUCAGAGAAGCAGAGCCCCAUGGCCCAGCAGCACAGCCCCAAGACCCAGCCGAGCACCGCCGCCUCGCAGCCCAACCCGGCGGCCACCGAACCCAACCCGUCAGUCAGCCAGCCCAACCCCAUGCCUCACCAGAGCCCUGCGACCCAGCUGCCCGCCCCUCCACCUCAGACCUACGCCCACGAGAGCAGUUACAGGUCAGAGGUGAAGGCGAGGCAGGAUGUGAAACCGGACAUCAGACAGCCGCCGUUCACAGAUUACCGGCAGCCGCCGGUGGAUUACCGGCACCCUCCUGUGGCGGACUACAGGCAGCCGCCCACGUUGGACUACAGACACCCGCCGCUGCUCGACUACAGACAGCUCGCUACUGACACCAGGCAGUUCGCCAUGCCAGACUACCGCAUGCCACCAGUUCAACUUUCGCAGGACUUUGACUUUUUCACGGUGGAGCUGGAGAAAAGCGUGAAGGGCUUCGGUUUUAGCAUCCGCGGAGGGCGGGAGUACAAGAUGGACCUGUUUGUCCUACGACUUGCAGAGGACGGACCGGCCAUCCGCAACGGGAGGAUGAGGGUUGGGGAUCAGAUCAUUGAGAUCAAUGGAGAGAGCACCCGGGACAUGACCCACGCCAGGGCCAUCGAGCUGAUCAAGUCUGGAGGCCGGCGCGUCCGUCUUCUCCUAAAGAGGGGUACGGGGCAGGUCCCAGAGUAUGAUAAUGCCGCCCCAUGGGAUGCUCGCCCUUCAGCCUCCCCAAGCCUGUCGGAAGUAGCCCCUCCCAUCGACAGCCUCUCCAUGUCAUCGCCGUCAUCUCAUCUGGCCCCCGACCCACCUCACCUGCCGCCUCUGGACGUCCCCCGAGACCCGGCGGCGCGAGACGGCAGGACGGAGCGUUCGAAGAGCCCCCAGAAGGCCGAGCUGCUGAAUCCAGAUCAGGGGAGGAGAGCGGCGUCAACCGGCGGGAGCGGCAGAGCCAAGAAGGAGGGUGGCAGGUCCACCCACAAGGGGCACAGGGUCCAGCCCGCUACUGAGGGGGACGUAGGCAAGGAGGAGCCCAAACCUUCCAGGAGCACCAGAGGGAGGUCCAAGGAGAGAAACACUGGGGACAACAGAGAAUCCACCGAAUCUCCCAGCAGCUCCAAGCUCCCGCACACCAACGGGAACAGCAUGGAAGACGUGGAGCGCUACGGUGGCGGGCAGCAGGUGGAGUCGGAGCCGAGCAGGCCCAGGGAACCGGACCGGGGCCUGGGAGAGAGCCGGACCAACAAGAGCAGCGGCAGCGCGGCAGGGAGGAAGGCCACGGUCUCUCCCGGGCCUUGGAAGAUCCCUGGAUCGGACAAGCUGCCCAGCACGCUGCGCACCGGCACGUCCACGCUGAGCAGAUAACACCGCGGCGGCUCCGGCGAGAACACAGUGGCCACACUCAUCUGAACAUUUACACCUUCCUGUGCUCCUUUACCCCCCCAAACAUCCCGUUAGACCACAAACCAAGGGGGGCAUGCAGGGUGAUCUGGUGUUUUUAGAGUUUUAUUUAUGAUAUUGUACUCUAAAUUAUUUUGAGAAAUAUUUUACACCCACCACCUUAAGAAACUGGAAAAUCAUCCACUUUAAAAAAAAAAAAAUCAUUCAAACUCUAUUUUGAGUUUUCCCCAAGCCGGGGGACAAACAUGCAAAUAUAAACAACUGACAGGAAGCAACUGUCGGUUGCGAUCGGAUAUUUUAUAUAUAUAUAUAUAUCUUCACAGUGGAGUCUGUUUUAUGAAGGGGAAUGUUAAAAAGAAAGUUUGCCUGUUUUUGACACGAGCGAAUGGAACAAAGAGUGACAGCGGCGAUGAAAUCAUCAACAGAACUUUGCCUUAACAGAGACUGAACGGGCCUGAAGCUAUCUUCUAUCAGAUGAUUAUAGACAUAGAUAUAUUAUAAUAUGAAUAUGUGGGAUCAUUUUGUAAAUAAGAUCAUCUUUUAAGUGAAGAGAACCUUAAGUGGAGCUGGAUGGAUAUGCUAAACGAGCUAAAAACGGCGCGACACGGACCAGAACGUCGCCCUCUUCUACACCCGUUCAGCCCUGUGAUUUGCAGUUUGGGGUCCCGGCAGCCCCGCUGCGCUUGACUUCACCAUCUAUUUGCGCUUGACUCAUCCGCGGGGGCGUCAUGUCAAUCCACUUUCUCUCAUUUCUGUGCUUAACGAACAAAGCGGAAGGAGCUUGUGUGGUGCCGACCGAGGGGCAGAGUGCCUUAGACUGACAGAGAGGUUGGCUUUUAAGUCAAAGGUUCAACUCCAAACCACUUUAGAGGGUUCAAAACAGGCUGCUAUACAACAUCAACUAUACAGAUAUUAAUAAUAAACUGUAUUUUUUCAGAUACGAGUGUGAUAUACGGUGAAAUAUAUAAUUUAUUUCACAAAGUGUGUGAAAAUAAGUCCAUUAUCAGAUUGUGCAAGUGGUUUCAUGCUAGUUUUCAUUUCUUAAUGAGGUCUGACAGAGACGGUGUAUUCAAAUGUCAGCACAGAGCACCCCAAAGCAAACUACUAAAAAUCUGACAUUGAGGCGUCAAAGAAUCAAUCUCACUUGUCAAAAAGCUCGCUCGCCUAACAACCUGUGACCGGACUGAAUGAAUGAGCUCGAAAAUGAAACAUUUCUUUCAUUUCCAGAACCGGCUGAGAAGAGGUCGCACCUGUCACAGCGACUGUCAGCGGCGGCUCAAUCUGAUUUGUUUUAGGUGAUUCUGUCUACACUGUGUGAUAUUAACAUCUCCGUGCCAAAGCUCCCUGUAGAUUAGAUAUAUCUUCAGCAUACACACACCCCAGAAUUGGACUCUAUUUGAAGGCUGUGAAUGCACAGGUGUAUGUUUUUAUGCAACCUGACAACUGACAGUUCGCUAAGCCCCCCCCCCCCCCCUAAGCUACUGUUGCUAUGCUUGUCAAGCUUUCCAUUCUGGCACAUGUGACGUUUACAACGAUAACGGUGGCAGAUUUACAACUCUAAAUUCAUAGUCAGUUUUGAAACAAUCGGUACUUGAUUUCAGAUAGAAGUAAACAAAAGCAAUUUCUCAUUUCUAGCCAGCAACUGACAAUUUUGCCGGUUAAAAAGGACGAUUUUAUCAGCUGUAGCUCGCUGUCGUGUCUAGAAGUUAACCCUCAAAUUGCAAAAACUUGCAAAAAACUCUCGCUGUACUUGCAGCUCGACGACUUAUCUUAACCUUAACUAUUCAAGGCCUAACCUUAGUCAUCCUCACCAGUUGACAAUCUAUGUAUUGAAGGUUAGAGCUAAUUAGUCCUAGCAAAUGAUGAGUUUUUUCUCAUAGAUUUAUCGCUUUAAUCUCACAGAAUAUCCAUGUUUUUUCUUGUACAUUUACGAAUUUAAUCUGGGAAAUUUUUGUGAGUUUCUGGGAGUUUUUUCUCAGAAUAUUAUCCCCCUACCCUGGCUCCAUAAUUUAUUUAUUUUUUACCUACAAUGGCCCUAAUACGUCGUCAUAGUUAUUCCAUUCUAACAUAAGACAGUUUAGCUGUUUAGCCUGCAUACUUGUAUGUAUUUUCAAACAGUAUGUUUUUACUUUUAACGUUACAGGAGAAAAGUCUUUUAGGAUGAGGAUGCCGAAUUCACACCAAGCAGCUGCGAAGUGCGGCUAGCCACCAUAAUUACAUUUUUCUGCAGCCGGGAGGCGUCUUCAUGUGUUUCAGACGGGAAGAAAUUCUUUGUAACAAAGGUCGACAUGUCACAGGAGUCACAUGAUCUGUUUACUGAUUGGCUGCGGGUCCUCUUUGAUCGUACUUCGACGCUAAAAGUUCAACUAUUCCCAACGUGUUUGGCCACACUUUGCUGCAGAAUCAAAAAGCCCGCUGCAGCUUUUCAUAGACAUUGCAUGGCAGCACGCCGCAGGCCGCACUUUGCCACUGCUCUGGUGUGAAUUCGGCGUAACAUAUCCUGUUUACUAGUUCACUUUAGCUCCUGUGAUUUUGGAAAUGCUAAAAAUGUAUUUAAACUCUUUAAAUGCUGAGUAUUGCUCAGACUACAGCUGCUUCAAAAUGUGCAGAAAUCCAAAGCUUGACAGGUCUGCAGUGCCUAGUAACAGUUGCUAUGCUGUGAUUGAACACUUGGUGUUCAGGGCAGGGGUUUUUACGCAAACUGUCAAUUUUGAGAUCAACAAAUCUUUUCACAGCAUCCGUACCGUCUCUGCUAAUGUUAAAAAAAACUCUGAGUGGCAAUUUUUCCUUCAGAAUGAGUCGACAUUUACAGAAAAAAAGGAGUCAUAACACCAGAACAAAAGUUUCCUCCUUCGUCUGCUGAGGGAAGUGCAAACAAUAUUUAAAGAAUAAAAGAGCAAAGAGAGACAAGUCAUUAUGUUUGCCAUUGUGAUCCGUAAUUACACAAGGAAUAAGCAGAGUGACUUUAAAGCACAAUCUCUCACAGGCGGUUUUGGGAAUUAUUAUGUCGGAGAAAAUCAUCAGCCAGGCACAAACGGCUCAGACAUUCAAUCACUUGUAGAUGGUGUGCGGGGGAAUUAUCACACAACAAAGGCUUAAAGCUAAAUUCUACAUUGGUCAGACUAAAGGUAGCUGCCUACAUACUGUAUCAUCAUGCAUCAUUUGGAUUUUAUUUUCUGUUUGGAGCAGAAACAAAAAAAACAUGCGUAUUUUUGCUCAACCUUUUGCACAACUCACUGCUUCCCACAUCUGAGCUGUCUCCAUUGAGCCAAACUGUAUGUAGUUUGCUACGGAAAGCAAAAAGAACAAAAAAAAAAGGUGUAAAAAAUGUGCGUGUUGAAAUAACAACACGCACUGCACCAUAAACUCCCACCCAAGCGGCUCAGUAUCACUGUGUAGUGUUAUAGCAGUGUAUAGACUCUGAACAAAUAUCUCUAUAAAUAUGACUCCGUGUACUAUUGAUGGUCACAAAGACUGUAAGUGGAGCAACUAUUUUUAUGAAAUGCAACACUAUGGAUAUAUUAACUUUUGCAAAAAUCUUGUUUACCUGUAUGAUAUUCUGAAACGCUGUCAAAAUAAAAGAAAAUCUUGACACAACAUAAAAGAUUUA